AUGUCUUUUGAGUUCCCAACAAGGGCGCCAACGGCCUCUGAAAUAUCGUAUCUACAACAACGACAGUCAACGCAACCCAACCCCCUUCUCAGUCAGAGGUUCUCCCAGCAAAGUCAACCUUUUUUCGCAUCUGCCCAGCAGCAACACCCUUGGAACACACGAUCCUUCAUCAACACUGAGCCUUCGGCGCCAUCUCAGCAAGGAAACGGCCGUCAAUUCUACCCGCCGCCACCCGAUAUUUCACGUUACUCUCAACCUCCCUCCGGCCAAUAUGCGAGCAUUGCUCCUACCACCGGUCCCCCGCUCGGGCAGAACGUAAGCGUUCAUCAAGUACCGCGACAGUCUCCAUGGGCAUCGCAGGCUCGUAACACUUACAGUGUGCCACCCGCUUCGAUUGCCCAACAGCAGACGCCAAGGCAAAGUCGGCCCGCCUUUCAGAGCACUCAAACUUCAGCCCCUCCAGACACUGCUUCCGUUGAUGUCAGCGUGCGCAAUUUUGGUAUGGGAUCCAAGCCUGCCGCAAGGCGGUAUGAUGAAAAGCAAGUGUUCUGGAAUGCCAACGUGCCUUUCUCUCAUGAAAAGACCACUUCGGCUUACAGUGACUGGCUGAAUGAGCGGGCUACUGAAGCUAGAGUCACUUUGGAAGAGGAAGAAACCUUGAAGAAUAAGCGAAACGGAGAAGUCAACUGGCGGAGUGCGAAAACGGGUGAGACCUAUGUCGACGCUCUUAAAGCGGCCCGCGGCUUGCAAAAUGUGGUCAGCCGAAGCGGAGACGAGGAUGCGAUCUCUCAAUUCAACAGCCUUAUUCAAUCACUUCACAAGCUUUCGAUAGAGGUAAAUCUGGAGAGAGAUAAAAGGAACGAGGCGGCAGAAGCACAGCUGAAUGCGACGGAUGCUGCUUGCAAGGGAUGGAAGGUGACGAAGAGGGCGUUUGAUGUGGCAUCUGGGAAUGCGAGUUUGGAUGAUGCGCGCUCGCUUUGGAGAAAACAUGAUGAGGAGAGGAAGGCUUCUCGAAAGUCCUACCACACCCUCUGGAGUCUCUUUUAA